AUGGACCAUUCUGGAGGGGCUUAUCUAAAUGUCCAGGCUGUGUGGUCCAAGGUUGGGGUUGUGCGCUUGCUUCAACUACUGUUCGGAUGUGCCACCUUCAGCCUAGUUCUCCACCGAGCCGGGUUCAGCGCAGCCUACGGAACCUUCUGCGUCUUUGUAUGGUGCUUCUGUUUUGCGAUCACCACCCUCAUCGUCAUCUGUGACUUCACAAGGCUGCAGUCCUGCCUACGCAACCUGUCCUGGGGGAACUUCACUGCGGCCUUUGCCAUGCUGGCUUCUCUCAUGACCCUCACGGCUUGUGUCAUCUACCCGCUCUACUUCGUCACCAUGAACUGUUCAUCGUCUGACUGCGGCACCAGGAACCACAGACUGGCGGUCAGCAUCUGCGCGGGGCUCUUAUUCCUGGUCUACGCUGUGGAGGUGUUUUUGACCCGUGCCAAGCCCGGUAUGCCCUGCAGCUACAUGGCCACGGCGGCGGGGCUCCUGAAAGUGGUCCAGGCCUUUGUGGCAUGCGUGAUCUUCGGAGCUCUGGCUACGGAAAGCCAAUACAAGAGGUAUGUGGCCACUCAGUGGUGCGUGGCUGUGUACAGUUUUUGCUUUGCAGUGACUGUAGUGGUGAUCGUUCUCAACAUCACCGGAAGGGCGGGUAACACUUCGCUGCCCCUUUGAACGCUUUGUGGUGAUCUAUACGGUGGUUGCGAUACUGAUGUACAUGAGUGCGUCCGUUAUAUGGCCUGUCUUCUGCUUCGAUGCAAAAUAUGGGUCUCCAUCCAGACCGGCCAAAUGUUAUUGGGGGCGCUGCCCGUGGGACAGCCAACUAGUGGUCACCAUCUUCACCCAUAUCAACCUGGCGUUGUACAUAGCGGACUUGGUAUACACACAGAGACUGAGAUUUGUGGCUCAGCGCUAA